AUGAAGUCUUUCGCCUUCUCCGCUGCCCUUUUGGCCUCAACUGCUAUGGCCUUGCCCGCCAACAUCAUCCCUUCGGGCACCACCGGCUCUUUGCCUUCUGGAAUUCCCUCUUGCCUGCCCUCCGGCGUCGUCCCCUCUGGCAUCCCUCUGCCCGUGGUAUCUCUGAUCCCCACCUGCUCCGGUGCCGCCGCAUCCUCGAUUCCCACCCCUACCGGCGCCGUCUCCGGCAUGACCGAGGGCGCCGGCGCCGGCGCCGGGCAGGUUCUUUCCAUCCUCAACCAGGCCGGAACCUCAAACUUCAAGAUGAUGGCCGAGUCCGAGCUCCAGAGCCUUAUGAGCAAGCUGCCCCUUAGCACUCUCGAGAAGCCCGUUGGCCAGGUCGUCCAGACCGCUGAGUCCGUCGACCAGCUCGACACCAGCAGCAGCUCCGGCCUCACCCACGUCACCGCCGUCCUCGAGAAUGGCAACGCCGCCCUCAUCAAGUUGACCCAGGAAGUUGUUGAUCUCCUCUCCAGCCUCGGCCUCGGCGAGGUUGGCAGCCUUCUCGGCUCCAUUGUUGGCGGCCUUGAGUCCAUCACCGGCAACGUCAAGCGUGCCGACCCUCUCCAGAAUGUUCUCUCCAUUACUGACGUGAACGGCCUCGCUGGUGGCAAGGACCUUCUCGUCCAGGUUGAGCCUACCGUCCUCGGUCUCCUCAGCGGUCUUGACCUCUCCACCGUUCAGGGCCCCAUUGGCAACGUUGUCGCCAUGGCUCCCUCCGUCUCCGAGCUCAAGUCCAAGAUCCCCAGCAUCCCCGGUGCUGACUUCAUUGCUGUCAAUGCCGAGGACAAGGCUUCCGUCCUUUUGGUUAAGGUUAACGGCGCUGUCCAGGGUCUUCUCUCCACUCUUGGCCUCGGCAGCGUUGGCACUGCCGUCGGCUCCAUCGUCUCCUCCGCUAAGGGCGCUGCCUCCCAGUAA